AUGCGAUUGACUUGCUGGCUUGUGCGACAAAGGGGAUCUAAACCGAAAAUAUCGCUUGCCGAUGAAGUAGUCGAUGGGCCGAGAACAUUGGACGAUCCAAAAGUGCUCUAUCCGGCCGCCUUAUUACCCGAAAUGGAGGAUGAUGCGCGUGCUGAAGAACUCGACGAAUUUGCUGUAACGCGCCUUCUCAAAGAACUUCAGAAGUCAUAA